CAGCGGUUAAUAAGCAGGAUUAAGUUUUCACUAACAGAAACAAAUGUACCCAAGUGUAUUAAUCUUAUCUUAUGGAAAUGUAUCUCCGUUGGAUAUUGUCAAAAAUUUACUUUGUGGAUUGGAUCAAAAAAUAAAUCCAACAAUAAUUUCACAUAAGUCUGUUGCAAUAAACUGUUUUGAAUGUAAUAUUAUCACAAAAUAUUACAACACGAAAAUAUUCCUAAUACCUUUUGACGAAAAUUAUGAUCAAGUUCCAACAGAAAUUAGAAAGGCGACAGAAGCUUUAAUUGUGUAUUUCGACCCAACAGACGAAACAUUUGCAAAAAAUCUAUCUGGCAUAAACAAGUUUGCAGUUAAUAAUAACAUUCAACUUGGGUUUCUUAUUACGAAUUCAUUUUCUGUUGUGCCUCACGACAAAACCAUUGAUUGUUUGAAAAAAGAAGCAAAUAUAUUAUUUGACUUCAUAACGUUAACUUCAGACAACGAAGAACAGGGUUCAUCAACUGGAUAUGUGGAGGUUUUAAGCGGAUUCAAAAAUUUUGUGUGGUCAAGCGUAGAAGUUCAACCUUCUUCAAGCUGGAAAAAUAAACACAAUAACCCUGAUGAUCUGGAAAAUGAACUGCAUGAUUUUGAGAAAUUACUUAUUGCUGCACAGACUUUAAGAAACGAUUCUUUACUGACUAGGGAACAAGUUUUAAGCAAGGCAGAGGAACUAGCGGAAGCUGUGUCAGACAUUUUGCAAGAACACGAUAGUGAAUAAAAUAAUUUUAAAUACUUAUUGUACUAUAAACUAAUCACAUUGAUUAGGAAUUUU